CGAAUCUUUUCAGUGGCGUUCCUGUGAAUGGUGGCUAUAGCGAUAGAAGAGAGGCUUCGAGGAAUCCUAGGGUAGCUCAUUCUUCUCUUUCUCUUUGGCGCGCGGCGGCCAGGAAGCGCUCUCUCGAAUUCUCGUCGAUCUCUCAUUCUCUUUGGCGUGCGGCGGCCAGGACGCCGCGAAGGUUUGCUCGAAUUCCAGCUUUCGGUGCUACUCGCCAUGGAUUUGCAGGUUUGCGCGAUGGGAGUGCUGUAUGGGCCAAAAUCUUACGAGAACGAGCCUCAUCGCGAUCCAUCACUCAUUGUAAAUUCCAAGGAGCCUUUCAAUGCCGAGACACCGCCGAAGGCUCUCGUGCGAUCCUUCGUAACUCCCGAGGAUCUCUUCUACAAAAGGAAUCACGGUCCCAUUCCUGUCAUCGAUGAUCCAAACAACUAUCGCUUGGAAAUUUGUGGCUUGGUUCCUGGACCCUUGUCUUUGUCCCUCCAGGACUUGAGGAACUUGCCCAAGCACACGGUGACGGCUACGCUACAAUGUGCAGGAAAUCGGAGAACGGCUAUGAGCAAAGUCAGAAAAGUUAAAGGUGUUGGCUGGGCGAUUUCAGCCUUGGGAAAUGCUGUUUGGGGAGGUGCUAGAUUGCACGACGUGUUGGAACUCGCAGGAGUUCGCCAAGAAUCUUCGAAAAGGCAUGUCGAGUUUUCAAGCGUGGACGUUUGCAAGGAAGAAAAUGGUGGACCUUACAAGGGAUCCAUCCCUCUCUCCCAAGCAAUGAGCCCUGAAGCGGAAGUUAUUUUGGCUUAUGAAAUGAAUGGAAAGGAACUAAAUAGGGACCAUGGAUUUCCUCUUCGGGUUGUUGUUCCAGGUGUCAUUGGCGCUCGCUCGGUAAAAUGGCUUACUGAGAUCAAAGUUAUUGAAGAAGAAUGCCAGGGGUUUUUCAUGCAAAAGGAUUUCAAGAUGUUUCCACCAACCGUAGAUUGGGACAACAUCAACUGGAACUCUCGCCGACCUUUAAUGGACUUUCCUGUUCAGUGUCCUAUAUGCUCUCCAGCAGAGGGAGAUCUCGUCAAAGCUGGCAGCAAGAUGAAAAUUCAAGGCUACGCUGUGAGUGGUGGAGGCCGUGGAAUAGAACGCGUUGAUGUCUCGGUAGACGGAGGCAAAACUUGGCAGGAAGCUCAGCGAUUCCAAGAUGACAAGGAGUACAUUGCUGACAAUCCCGAGAAAUGCAAGAGAUUUGCGUGGGUCCUAUGGGAGCUGACGGUGGAACUCACGAACUCUCCGCUAGAAGUCGUGGCUAAAGCUGUUGAUGCUGCCGCAAACAUCCAGCCAGAGGAUGUAUCGAGCAUAUGGAACUUGAGAGGAGUGCUAAACACUUCAUGGCACCGGGUGAGACUCAAUGUCGUCCCUCCUCAAUCCAAGCUUUAAAAGGUUGGAGGUACGAAGCCAGUUCUUUUUGUUUCUUAAAAGUCAUGGUUUUUUAGAGUUGGAAUUCCCAUUGUACAAGAGCAGUGUGAUUUUCCACUGCGCUAGACGAAGAACUGGCAGCUUGAAUUUCGAGCGAGCCAGCCUCUACUUUUUA